CAGACGUCAUUCCGGGCCGGCGGCUCCGCCCUUCUCAAGAUGGCGCUGUUCUCCGUGCGGAAGGCGCGUGAGUGCUGGCGCUUCAUCCGGGCACUUCACAAAGGACCCGCAGCUACAUCGGCUCCCCAGAAGGAAAGUGAGGAUCGAGUAUUUUCUGGCAUUCAGCCUACAGGAAUCCCCCACCUGGGAAAUUACCUUGGAGCCAUCGAGAGCUGGGUGAAGUUACAGGAGGAGUAUGACACAGUGAUAUACAGCAUCGUGGACCUCCACUCUAUCACUGUCCCCCAAGACCCCACCGUCCUCCAGCAGAGCAUCCUGGACAUGACUGCUGUGCUUCUUGCCUGUGGCAUAAACCCAGAGAAAAGUAUACUUUACCAGCAGUCGAAGGUGUGUGAACACACUCAGUUAAGUUGGAUCCUCACCUGCAUGGUGAGACUGCCUCGAUUGCAGUAUUUACACCAGUGGAAGGCAAAGGCUGCCAAGCAGAAGCACAACGGGACCGUAGGCCUGCUCACAUACCCUGUGCUCCAGGCAGCAGACAUUCUGUGCUACAAGUCCACACACGUUCCUGUCGGGGAAGAUCAAGUCCAGCACAUGGAACUAGUUCAGGAUCUAGCUCGAAGUUUCAACCGAAAGUAUGGGGAGUUCUUCCCAUUGCCCAAGUCCAUUCUCACGCCCAUGAAGAAAGUGAAAUCUCUUCGUGACCCUUCUGCCAAGAUGUCAAAAUCGGACCCUGACAAACUUGCCACUGUCCGAAUAACAGACAGCCCAGAGGAGAUCGUACAGAAAUUCCGCAAGGCUAUGACGGAUUUCACGUCAGAGGUCACCUACGAGCCGGACAGCAGAGCUGGGGUCUCCAACUUGGUGGCGAUCCACGCGGCCGUCUCUGGCCUCUCAGUGGAGGAGGUGGUGCGCAGUAGUGCAGGCAUGGACACUGCGCACUAUAAGCUGCUAGUGGCCGAUGCUGUAAUUGAGAAAUUUGCUCCAAUCAGGAGGGAGAUUGAGAAACUGAAAAUGGAUAAGGACCACUUAAGAAAGGUUUUACUUGUGGGAUCUGCAAAAGCCAAAGAAUUGGCCUCUCCUGUCUUCCAGGAGGUGAAGAAGUUGGUGGGGAUUCUGUAGCAAGGUCAGCCAGUCACCGCACUCUAGUCAAGGCAGCUUUCCUCCCACAUAUUUUUAGCCUGUCCAUAUUUAAUUCAGUUUGAUGAUCAGCUGCAUUUGAUGAAUGCUGUCAGUUGAGCAAUGUUCCAAUCCCAUCAGCAAAUUCUGUAAUUGGAAGAACUGAGGCAGGCACAGCUCUUCCACUCCAGUUAAAUGAGGCACAUUUUUUGGUCUGAAAUAUUCCUGCAAACUUGAACAAUAACUGAGCCGUGAUGUGUGCUUGUUUGUGCAGUACUCACUGUAGCAGGUGCACUCUAUCUGUCUUGUACAUACAGGUCUUAUGCUAUAAUCCUGAGUCCAGUAGGUAUUUGCAGUUCGUAAAGAGAGGUUGAUUCUCGCAGCUUAUGUGUCACUAUGAUGAUGUUUGUCCUGAUGUAUUUCAAUGACUUAACUUGUGCCAGCAAGGUGGCUCAGGCUCAAGGCACCUGCUGCCAACCUUAAUAGCCUGAGCUCAAUCCACAGGGCUGCAUGGUAGAAGGAGAAACUGACCGGCAGGUUGCCCUCGACCUCCACUUGUCUGCCAUGGUAUGAGUACACACACUCGCACACACACCCCCCUAAAUAAAAAUACAAUAAUCUACUUUUUUCCUAAGAACCACACACUGACUUAUUUCAGCAAGUGUCUGUUCUUAACUUCAACAGUUCAGGAGAUCUUCAUCAGAGAGCAUUGUAUUGCUUCAGUCCCAUCUAUUUAUUAUUCAGGGCCUGUGUUCCUGGAUGUAUUCAUAAUAAGACUUCUAUUUUUACAUUCAUCUAGUUUAGUCUCACCAAGCCUUCCCUCUGUGGAACAUGUAGGAACCAAGUGGCAGAACAUAGAAUUAGCUUGUACAGUGUUACUAAGUAAGUAAGAAGCAAGUUCAAGAGUGAAGCCCCAGCUCCCCAUUACCAAGACUGAUGCUUUUUACAAAUUCUCCCAAAGCUCUGAGGGCCAAAGCUUUGGACAUCUACCAGUAUCCAGUUUGGAUACUGAAAAGAUAAAGCCUGAAAUACUGAUUUUUGUUUAUGUGAACUCAGCUAAUGGUUGUGUAUUUUAAAUCUGGAUCUAGCUAGCUUUAGUCACAAUUACCUUUCAAAACUCCAAAAAUGGGUCCCAAGGCCUCACUUCUAGAUUCCUGCUAGAGAUGCCUGCUUGUCCCUGCCACGCUCCAGCGGGAGUGCAGACUAAAGCCUCGGCCUGCCUCAGUCUCUGUGAACUAACAGAGGAUAGCUCUGCACUUCCACCUUCACAGCUGAAAACAGAAAUGGUGGGCCUGGCUUACACACCAAGGCCUAUAUCAAAAUCGAUAUUGCAGGGCCAGCAAGAUGGCUCAGCAGAGAAGCCCUCUUGCCGCCAACCAAGCCUGACCAUGUGAGUUCUAUCCCUGAGAUCCACAUAAUAAAAGGGGAAAACCA